CGAUUAGCUCGUAUCGAGCAUCCACAACACAUCGAGAAGGAUAAGAUCCCCCUCGUCGCUGUAGACAAACCCUAGCCCACAAAUAUCCCCUCUCCCACUCAUGUUUCUCCUGAGAACCUCAUGCCCGAGCUACCGUCGAUGCGCUGUCGCCGUCCCCGUGGCCACUGACCUUCCCGGCGAACGGGAGCUUGUCCAGGGACUUCCUAGUCACCGACUCCGUCAUCUCCGUGCGUCCGUUCGACCGGAGCCGCACUAUACGCUCGGGAUCGAGCUGAUUUUCCGCCACGGCCGUCGUCUCUCAUCGUCGAGCUCGUCGCAUCCGGUCGCCCCCGCGCCGCGAAUCCACGUCUCAGAGCUUAGUGACCCCGAGACCGCUGUGGAUGUCCCUGUGAUCGACUACUUCGACAACGACCCUUCUCCCCUUUCAUCGGAGCUUCCAGAUGGUGGAGCCCCAGAUCCAGACGCCACCACCGACAACUACUACUACCCCGAGGGCGCUUACUACUACGUGGAGGCCACCGACGACUAGGAGUAGUUAGGAGGCUCCUAGGCAGGAGGCCUUGCCUUUUCGAUCGAUGUUGCUCUUGUGCUAGCCUUCUUAA